CACAGCUCCAAUAAAAUUUAGUUAUGUGGGGAUUUUUGGAGAAUAUACAACGACGCAAAGUAGAAAAACAUUUGCUGUAGAUAGAAGAGGCCUGUGAAAAACAUCAAAACGGGGUUCAUAAUUUUUUGUGUGACGGAACAGAUUGCUACAACAUUUGGGCCAGUGAAAAAGUGAAAAAUACAAGAAUUCCGUUUGACUUAUUGAACAAAUUGCAAUACAAAAACACCAAAAAUGGCUUUGAAAAUGUUGGUUGGACAAAAAAUUAUGAACGAGGUGGUCAAGUACAAACCACCACCUCCCAAGAAAGGAGCCACGGCUGCUAGUGCUGCUGCUUCCAAAGCAAACAUGGACUGGCGUGUGCUUGUUGUUGAUAAGUUGGGCAUGCGCAUGGUAUCGGCAUGUACCAAAAUGCAUGAAAUUAGUGCCGAAGGCAUUACAUUGGUGGAAGAUAUUAACAAAAAACGAGAACCCUUGCCAUCUAUGGAUGCCAUUUAUUUGAUUACACCAUCUCAAGAUUCGGUGGCUGGUUUGAUACGUGAUUUUGAGAAUCCAGCUCGCCCCAUGUAUCGUUAUGCCCAUGUAUUCUUCACUGAGGCCGUGCCCGAUGAAAUAUUUGAAAUGAUAAAAGCCGAAAAGCAAUUAGUCAAUCGUAUAGCUUGUUUCAAAGAAAUCAAUAUUGCCUUUCUGGCAUAUGAGAGCCAGGUCUACUCGCUCGAUUCGCCAGACAGUUUUCAGUGUUUGUACUCACCGGCAUUCGCCUCGAUACGCGCCAAACACCUCGAGCGCAUUGCCGAGCAAAUAGCCACCCUGUGCGCUACGCUCGGCGAGUAUCCGAUGGUGCGAUAUCGCACUGAUUGGGAUCGCAACAUCGACCUAGCUGCAGCAGUUCAGCAAAAACUGGAUGCGUACAAGGCUGACGAGCCAACGAUGGGCGAGGGUUCGGAGAAAGCACGUUCACAAUUGUUGAUUUUGGAUCGUGGUUUUGAUUGCGUAUCGCCCUUGUUGCACGAAUUGACACUGCAAGCCAUGGCCUAUGACUUGUUGCCGAUACAGAACGAUGUCUAUCGCUUUACGCCCGGACCCAAUCAGCCGGAGAAGGAGGUGUUGCUGGAUGAGAAUGAUGAUUUGUGGGUUGAGCUGCGCCAUCAACAUAUUGCUGUCGUUUCCACUCAGGUUACGCAGAAUCUGAAGAAAUUCACCGAUUCCAAGCGAAUGUCUUCUACUGACAAGGCUUCCAUGCGUGACUUGUCACAAAUGAUCAAGAAAAUGCCACAGUAUCAGAAGGAGUUGUCCAAGUACUCCACUCACUUGCAUUUGGCCGAAGAUUGCAUGAAAUCUUAUCAGAACUAUGUGGAUAAACUGUGCCGUGUCGAACAGGAUUUGGCCAUGGGCACAGAUGCCGAAGGUGAAAAAAUCAAGGAUCACAUGCGUAACAUUGUACCCAUUCUUUUGGAUGCGAAUGUCUCCAACUAUGAUAAGGUGCGCAUCAUUGCUUUGUAUGUCAUGAUCAAGAAUGGCAUUACUGAGGAAAAUCUCACCAAACUAUUUACGCAUGCCCAAUUGUCGCCCAAGGAUCAAGACAUGGUGCGCAAUUUAAGUCAUUUGGGUGUCAAUGUCAUUGCUGAUUCACGCAAAAAGGUCUACACAGUUCCACGCAAGGAACGCAUUACCGAGCACACCUACCAAAUGUCUCGCUGGACACCCGUUGUCAAAGACAUCAUGGAGGAUUGCAUUGAAGACAAAUUGGAUCAACGCCAUUUUGCCUUCUUGACCGGAAGGGCCCAAAAUCCCAAUUAUCACGCUCCAACAAGUGUCCGCUACGGCCAUUGGCACAAGGAUAAAACUCAGGCUCAGGUGAAAAAUGUUCCACGUCUAAUUGUCUUCAUUGUUGGCGGCGUUUGCAUGUCCGAAAUGCGCAGUGCUUACGAGGUAACCAAUGCGGUUAAAAACUGGGAAGUUGUCAUUGGUUCUUCUCACAUUCUGACACCGGAGACUUUCUUAAGCGACUUGGGUUCCCUCACCAAAGAGGACUAAGCGCCUCACACCACAGUAUAAUUAAAUAUAAACAAAAUAUAUAAACUAAAUAUUGUUUGUGUAUGUAGACGAGUAUAUGAUGCUUACAACAACAUAGUAAAUUAUUACAAUAUUUAUGAUGAUAAGAUUUCAACAACAACAACUACAACUACUAUUACUACUACUAACAAAAGGAACAUAUUUAAAACUAACAAAAACCAAUUCUUCUAUAUGUUAUUAAUUAUAUAAACAAUACAAAAAAUACAAAAAAACAGAAAGAGAAAUAUAUAUCCAAAUUUAAGAUAUAGUAAAAACAACAAAUGUGUAGUGAACAAAAGCAGCAAAAGUUUUGAAGUUUGUCGUCAAGUAAGACAUUUACUGAGGAAUACCACAACCACACCAUUUUCUUUUUCUUGUUCUUAUAACAAUUACACUUGCAUUAUUUAAUAAUUAAGUCGAGAAGUAUAAAUAAAUAAUACGUUCGUUUAUUUGUUUCCUUAUAAUAUAUAUAUGUAACCACAAUAUAUAUUCCACUUUCACAUCUGUAUUAUCUUUAGCAGUUGGCAAGAAAACAAGGUUAUGGAAAGUAAGUGUAGCAAUUCAAAUUUAAAACUUAAUACAAAAAAGACAUUUAUUGUUGUCUUUGAAAAGAGGUACUAUUUAUUGCAUUAUUAGCUUUAUCUGAACAUGUUUAUAUUGUGUAAUUUUAGCAUAGUUUAAAAUAAAGAAAGCAACAUCCAUAUUUAUAACAAAAUGCAACUAUAUUCAAAAGCAAAAAAUGUUUUAAACAAAUUGAACAAAAUAUAAUUCAUAAUAAACAUUACACUUCUAAUUGAAAUAAAAAACAAAAAACAAACAAAACUCUAUCUCUUCUCUUUAAAAUUUUAGAAAAAAUUAACAAUGUUACAACCACCAACCAACAAAGCAUCAUUCAUAAAUUAGUGAAAAAUAAAUAAAUAAAUAAUCUUCUUAAAUAGUUAAGGAAAAAAAUAAAAGAUUUUUUUAGGUUUUUCUAAAAUUUUAUAACAUAACAAACAAAACACAUGUUACUUUUAUCUUUUGAACUUAAAAGAAAAAUUAUCAAAUAUUUCAAACUAUAAAAACGAACGUUUUCCAUGGCCUGAAUUUGUUUCGGGUUUAAAAAAUUUAAAAAUACUUAUGCAAGGAAAAUGUUUUUGGCAAUAUUUUGAACCCAGCUCAAUAUCAACAACAAUUUCAUUGAUUUUCUCUAAAAAUCCUCAUAUUAACAGAAGCUUUUCUCAAUUUUAAAAUUCAGCAUAAUCAGCAAAGGCCUAAGGUUAUAAAGGCUUUUUUCAAUUUCAAAUUCAGCAUAAUUUGCAAAGGCCUAGGGUUGUAAAGGCUCCCAUGUAUGGUGGGUGAUCGACCACUGCUGCCCUUUAUCAGGGUUUUGGCAAAUAAUUCCUAAUAAAUUUUUACAUUUCCAGAAAACAAUUAAAAAAAUUUAUUUUUUCUCAUAACACUUCGAAUUUUAAUAUUUUUACUACUUUUUUCCAACAAAUAGUAAAAAUUCGUUGUUCAUAAAUUGUGAUUUUUCCCAUAAAUUAGAUUCUGAUAUUCAUGGAAUUUUUUCUAACAAAUUUGAAGCGUAACUUUGUUACGUUUCGCAUUUCCUGCAUCAAAAUUAGUAGCUGAAUUGAAUUGCAAAUAAUUAUGUGUUUUUCUUAAUUUAAAAAUAAAACAAGUAAAUAAAGUAUUCCAUUUUCAAUGCUUUUGUUGUUAAUAAUUAAUUGUUUAAAAUAAAAAAUCAUAUUGGAAAAUUAGUAAACAAUUUGCCCUUACCGCCAAGUAAUUAUAACAUCAUUAGGUAACGAAAGGGAGUUAAUGAAAUUCUUUAAACAAACAACCGCUAGAUAUUAACAACAGUAUAAAAUUGUAACAAAGAAUUGAGCUACAAAUACGAUUCCCAAGAAAAAUUGGCUUUGCAGCCAAGGGGAUUUCGAAAAAAAAGUAUUUAAGAAAAAAAAAAAAAAAACAAUUGAAAAAACGUAUAAUAUUUGUCUUUAAAUUUAAAAAAUAUAUAUAUAUAUAUAUAUAUUUCUUACACUCACAUAUAUUAUAACUUAUUUAAAAACAUUAUAUAUCAUUUAUCAUAUUAAAAGAUAAAAAAUGCAUAUUUAUGUAAACUCAUCAGCAUUAUGUUCCAAUGAGCCAUUUUGCAUUCAUUCAACAUCUAUUGCGAAAAAGCUCUAAACAUGCACAUAAAAAAAACUUAUUUCAAUGUGUUUUUAUGUGUUACAAAUGCAAAAUCAUUUUCAAAUCUAAACGUAAAAAAAGAAAUAUAUUGCAUGCAAAUUAUUAAAAUAUUUCAAUAACAAACAAAAAUAUAUAUACAUUACACAUAACGUUUAUCCGGUUUCAAGUAAUUUGAAAGAAAGGUUAUACGUUAACAAAAAAAAACAUAUAUUAUCAUACAUACAUAUAUAAAAACAAAUAUUUAAUGUUUCCACAUUAAUAAAAAUAUAUAACAUAACAAUAUUAAGAGUUUUAAAUAUUUAUCUUUGAAAUAGUAAUAACGUUACGAAUAUUAUGCUCCCCUUUACAAGGUUCAGGAUGGAUGUAUUCCAUAUUAAAUCCAAAUCAAAACGUUUUUAAAUUGGAUUUUAUUGCAUAUUAUUAUUCUUAAAAUAAAUAUUUAAGAACUCUUAUACAUACAUAUAUUACUUAUAUUAAUCACAUAAUUUUAUUAUCACAUAUAUAUUUUAUUCACGCCCAUAUUGUAUUUAUUUCAUCUAAGGGGGAAAUUUCGUUGUUUGCACAAGCAGAUUUUGUUAAGAUUUCUCUGUAUAAGGGAGAAAUUAUCUCCCCCCCCCCAAAUCUCCCAAUCACAUUUGGGCUAGAAGUGAACGGGAGAGGCUUAAUGAAAGCAACAACAAUAUCAUCAUCAUAUUCUGAACGAAGAAAUAGCAAAACAAUAUCCUAAACGAAUAAUAAUAUGCGGUAUAGGUUAAUUCGGAUUUCUUCUAUUCGAAUUUGUCUAACAAUUUCAAUUUGUGCAGAUAUAUUUCCUAUAACAUUCAAAUUUUCCAUGAGUAAUUAUAUAAUGAGAUUACUCUUCCAUAUUCUCUUUCUUUGUGACACUUUAAAGAGUUGUGUGUGUUUAGCACCAUUUUGUUUUCUGCAAUUUUCUGUCAUUUGCCUGCAUCUCGCUGUCUGUCUCUUUAAUGAAAAAGAAGUUCCAUAAAAACAGGCUGUUAAUAUAAAUAAAAUAUAUUUUCAACUGGUUUUUAUGGGGAAAAUCUUAAAUAAUUUCAUUAUUAUCAAUUUGAUUGGCCUUUGAGGAGAGUAGCAAUUCUUUAUGUAGUACUCUCUUAAACAACUCACCUAAAAGAGAAUAGACAGUCUCUUCAACAUUUGAGGUUAGGAUUAAACAUUUGUCAAAAAACAAGACAUUUUACUCAAACUAACCGGCAAUUCAAGGCAGUGAUUUGCAAAAAUAAAACAUUUCCGUUUUUAAUUGUAUUAGAAUAAAUAAAAAUCAUUUUACAACACAGAUAAUCCAAAGAGUAUUCCAUUUAAAUUUUUUCAUAGCUUUCCCCCCUUAGACUUGAAAAAAAUACCAUCGAACAUAAAGCCUUCCGAAGGGGAAAAAGAAUUGUUUUCACUUCCCAAUGGGAAUUAAAACAAUUUCUUUUUUCUUUGUUUCUGUGGGCUAUAUGUUUAACAUAAUCAUAAUCAAAUCAAUAUUGUAUGACUUAUAUUAAUCAUUAUAUAAUAAUCUUAAACAAAACCCAAUUAGUUAUAAGUGCUUUACCCCAAAACGUUUUGAAAUUAUUGCCUCCACAACCAGGGGAAUUUAAAAUGUAAACCAAAUCGGAAGACAAUUGCAUAAGCUUCAAUAAGGUCGCAAAGACGCAUGCCGUCAUUCGAUUUUGGGACCAGAAAUCUAUUAAAAUUGAGUAUAAAAAUUCUUUGCAAUCGAUAGUUUAUACCAUUAACCUUAGAGCUACACAGGGUAUAUAACAUUCGGGACUAUAUUCAAUUGUUUUAGAUUCCUUCAAUAAAAACUUUUGACGGCAUGCGAAGACUAUGAACUGAUUUUGCCAUUUCUUUCACCUGAUAAAGAGGUCUAUUGCAUUUAUGAGGAUUAAAUUCCCGAAAUUCAAAAACUUAAUAAAGAAAAUUUUGAAAACUUGUUUAAAGUAGUCCAUUUUUUCGGUAUUGGACUUCUUACUUUGUUCGAAACCACAUUUGUGCAAACGCCAGGAAAAUGGGAAAUUCCGAUUGGUUUACAUGAAUAUAAAUUUACAUGAAGAUUUGUUUUCUUCAAUUUGUUCUACGGAAUACAAAUUAGAAGUUAUUUCACUCGGUAGCCUACAAACCAAUGCAACUUUAAAAACAAAAUAGAGACGAACAUCAUUUCUCUAUAAACCAAUAACGUGAAAAAAACGAACAUCAAAAACUUCUUUUUGUUUUCUAAUAUGACAAAUUAAUAGAAUAGGACUUUGGGCUCGCUAUAUACAAUGAGAUGUAGAAGUGAAGAGAAUCAAGUAGUAAGUUAGAAGAGUUAGAAAAGAGCAGGAGAAGAGGCUCUCUAUUUUGAUGCAAACAAAGAAAUUUAGCUGAAUUUACAUAUGUCAAUGAUUUUUGACUUGUUAUGUCGAAAGAGCAUAGGAAAUAGAAGAGUCAAAUAACAACAACUGACUUGGGAGUAAAUUUCUUCAAAAUUCCCUAGUUGAUAGAUUUGCCAAAGUACUUUUCACACACACGCACACGUGUGUUGUACUUUGGUUUAGGUUAAGCUGAAUACAUAUAUAUCCCCACAAAAAUCCAAUUUAAAUGUUCUGCAACCCCUGAGAAAAUAUAUUCAAAAAAAGAAAUUAGUUCAUUAUUAUUGCAUAAUCACACCGAGAUCUCUGAAAACAGCUAUAUAAAAUUUUAAUAUUCAAUGCAAGAAGAAGAAGAUAUAAAUGAAAUUAGCUUUUAAGUCAACCCAAAACAAUAAUGAACCAAAUCUCAAGAAACAACCCCUAAACCAAAUUAGACAAAAAGAAAAAUCAAUUAUUCAAAUAAAACAGAUGACGGCUCUAGUAUAAAGGCUACAUACACCACAAGUUAUACAUUUUCAAGUUUAAACAACAAUUUAUUAUAACCACAACAACAUGAAGUAUUUCCUUAUGAGACCACCACAGAAGGGGGGCCUUGCCAACCCCCCACGAAGCCGUGUUUCCCCUCCAUGGAGACACUUGAGUGAAGAAUUCUCUCUUGGCUUACAUCUCACCAGCUAGCUACUAAGUCUCGGAUUUACUUUAUUUUUUCUCUCCAAAUAUGUUUUCUAACCAAAAAAAAAACUACUAACCACAAACCAAUAAUAACACUUUUAUUAUUAUAUUUAAUGAAAAAUUAUUAACAAAAACCUAAAACCAAACAACUCGUUUAUUAUUAACAAAACAAACUAUAUUUAUUAUUAGUAUAUAUUAAUUAAUUAAAACAAAAAAAACAAAACAAAGAAAAUUUGCAAUUUUUUUGAAAUGAAACAAAUAAUUAAUAAAUGAAAUGAAAAAAAUAUUUAUUCUUAAUGUCUAUUAUAGUAAUCCGAACAAUUAUUGCUUACUUAAAAAUAACAACGUAUAUAAGAGUAAUUAUUAAUAAUAUUAUUAACAAACACUAGCAUGUAAGUUAAAACGAAUUGAUGUUGCAUAAUAACAAAAACAACACAUUUCACAAAAACAACAACAACAAUAUAUAAUCAAUUAAUAUUCAUAUAGUAUUUAAUAAGUAUUAAACAAAAGCAAGAAGUUAGGUUAAAGCAAAGCAGACGAAAACAAAUUGAUCAAAAGAACAACAACAACAACAAAUAGUAGCAAUAUCAAAAUAACAACAUUCUUGAGGAGCCAUCCAAAAUUGAAUAACAACCAACCAAAUAAGGAACUCCUGGCAAACAAAAAAAAAAACAUAAUUUUUUUAAAAGAAUUUAACAACAAAAAUUUUGAUUAACUCAAUCCAAUGGCUAUUAAUUAGUAAAAAACAUCAAAAGAUUCUUUUAUUUAUUCAAUUUUGAAUUAAAAAUUUUGCGUUACCUAACAACUAACAAACAUAUAAAACAAACAAAAUAUUUAACAAAAAACCACAACAUGUUUUAUCUAGGGCCGUCAUAAAAUAUUAUGAAAUUCUAUAUAGCAAAAGAAACAAAACAAGAAACACUGAAGGAACAACAAAUUAUUAAAGGCAGAGUCAAUUUAAUUCAAUACCACAAAAGAUUGGAGUAACAAAACACUUUGAAAAGGAAGGACUUACAAAAAAAAAAAAAAAAAAAACUGCAAAACCAAACACAACACGGAAUGUCAAAAAUCAGCCAUACCAUAACUCCCUUUACGUUCACCCAGGGCAAAUUGUUGGCAAUAAAUAAAUAAUAAAAGAUUGCAAACAAUUUCAUUUAUAAACAACAAAAACCAAUUGAAAAUAAUAAAAAUAAAA